UUUUGUUUUUAGCUCUUGUUGAAAUUGCUGGUAAUUCUAUUACAAUAGACUGAGAGAGCAAAUCCUCAAUAAUGAUACUGCUGCUUAAUGAUCUGGUCAUCCAUAUAAGUGUGGGGGCAGGUCAGAAACAUCUUUGGCAUGCUGGGCAAGCGGAAAACUGCAUCUCAAGAGCUGCUCUUGUGCGGUCCUUGCCAGUUGAGGAGCAUCCGAAGCAGAUUAUUGUCACUCGUAAAGGAAUGCUCGACUCUAUGGAGGUCCACUUGCUUGAUUUCCCCAAUGUAGUUAUCAAAGGCAGUGAGUCGCUGCUGCCGCUCCAGGCUUGCUUGAAGAUUGAGAAAUUAGGUGAUUUAAUUCUGAAGGCUACUGAGCCACAAAUGCUUCAGUUUUCAUGUUCCACAGGUGACAUUUCCCUAGAGAUAAUUCCAUUUUCUGUAUAACAGCUGGAGAAUGGGGUAUCAAAAUGAGUAACUCUCUCCGUCGGAAUGUCCUUGAGUGAAGUAUCAAAAUGAGUUUGUGAUCAAAAUUAUUCUCUUAUGAAAAGAAGA